AUGUCACGACUCACGCUCAUAAACGCGUUGCCAGAAGGACCACCAAUACGCAGCGUUUUCCCUCGCGCGUUUUCACCACUGCUAAGCUGGGAAGUCACCGGAAGUCGUAGUGAUGCUAUCUCAAAGAAGCUGGCUGAGGAUUUAGUAGCUCCACAAAGUUUGGACUCUUCCACGGUUCAGGAAGGCCUUGUAAAUAAAGAUCACGAUACAGAAUCGCAGAUAGACACGAUGUUGGAUGCACCAAAAAUGCCCGACGCUCUCUCUCCUGCGUAUUCGUCAAAACUGCCGUGGGAAAUCACAGGACGCAACGAAGCUGAGUCCACACUUCCUGAAGGCCCUACAGACAGGGAUCAUGCCUCAAAGACACAUGUGGUGAGGCGAAUAGUGUUAGGGACGAAAUUAUUAUCGCCAUCCAACGAAGAUAAUAUGGAAAACAGAUUAAAUCCUAUACAGAGUGUACCUGGGCAAGAUGCUGUGCAACAUACAGACAUUGGAGGCCCUCCUUCUUACCCAAAAUCGAGCGGAACCAUUCACUCACCGUCGUCAGCGCAAGCGGAUUUGGUUGCUUCAAAUAUUACUACUACGGCGCAGCCAGGUGGCGCAUAUCAACAUCCGCAAGGGAAAGAAGUCGAUUUUCUGCCGAGUACUUCGUCAAAGGAAUUAUCACGCCCUUCGGUUUCAACAGAGUCUAACACUGACCUUGGUGAUAUAAAGAUUACACCAAUUGAAGCGCAUGUACCUGCUGAUUCGCCUAGUGAGGGAGACGUUGUUACACUUAGAGGAGAAGAAGAAAAAGGAGGAGAAGAGAGGGGAAGCUUACUAGAAGAAAGAAGUAUAACAAACAACAAAGGAUCUGACAAAUCUGGGCAAUCAAAGCAGAAGAAAGAGUUUGUCAGCGUGGAAGAUGAAGGUGAAGCAGAGGAAAGCGCAGAUAAAGAAAGGGACAGGCCUGGAAAUACCUCUGCUGAAGCUAACGAAGACCCUGUCGAUUUUAUGUCAGAAAAUGAUGCGCUGCUACCGCAUGACGGGCAGACGGAUUCAAAACGAGCUGAAUUAGACAAUGCU